UUGUCAGGUCUCUUGAGGAAAACAGCAGGCAAGAUAUACUGUGACAUUAUGAAGCUUUUAAAAGAAGCCGAUUUAUCUAAAAUAAUCCAGAAGUUUUUUUUAUUUCCUUUAUAAUCUCUUGUUUUACGCUCCACUCCAGUCCUCUUGGUGGAGAUAAUGCUCCUCUAAGCUGGUUUGCCAACCGCCAAUAAACCCUAAAGAAGAAGAAGAAGAAGGAGUAGAAGCAGAAGAAGAAGAGAUGUCAGUGAUGUGGGUGGUGAAGGUGGUCGGCCUGGGGGUGGUGGCAGUCUCACUUAGUGCGGAGUUGCUUGGCUGGCUCCUGCGUCGCUUCAGGCCUGGAAGAAGUCUCAAUGAGGUCCUCUUCUUCCCCUCAGAGGUGGCCUGUGUGGAACACAUCUUCACUCCUUCUUCAACUCAUGCCUGUUGCUGCUCAUUGCCUCAUGGUUUGGAGACCUCCUUCUCCCAUCUUCUCCGCCACAUCCUGUCUGCUUCCUCCACUCUGGACUUGUGUGUUUUUGCCUUUUCCAACAUGGACCUGAGCAGGGCUGUACUAGCACUGCAUAGCAGGAGUGUGACCAUCAGAGUCCUCACUGACAAGCACUACGCUGCCAUCACUGGCUCCCAGAUAGGAGUCCUCCGCAAGGCUGGGAUCUGCGUACGGUGCGACGUGGGCUCCGUGCACAUGCAUCACAAGUUUGCAGUGGUGGACGGCCGGCUGCUCAUCACGGGCUCCCUCAACUGGACGCUGACAGCAGUGCAGAGCAACAUGGAGAACAUCCUCGUCACUGAGGAGCCAGACCUGGUCCAACCAUUCAUCAAGGAGUUCCACAGGUUGUGGGCGCACAACGACCCGGCUCAGUACCACCCGUCAAACGACCAAAAACCCGCUCACAUGACCUCUAGAACUAAUAACUGAUCAGCCAAAAGGAAUAUUGUGUCAGAGCUCAUGAACCUCUGAGGUAGAAGUGUCACCUUGGACAGAAAAUGCCUCCGUGGUGGAUCUUUUCAUGAUAUCAGGAGGUGCUGUUAGUUUUGUAAGUUACUGUUUGAGAUUAUAGGAGUUUUAAGGCAGUUUAAAUUAGUUUCUGGUUUAAUUUUAAUGUAAUUUAUUAGGCCAAGUCUACAGUUAAGAGUUCCUGGUUUUUGUGUGUUUUCUUUAAAUUCUCCAUACAAAACAAUCCCUGUUGAAAUGGACAGUAGAGGGAGUAAGAUCCAAAACAGAAGGUUUGGUCCAGUUCUAAAGAGAUUUCUCCUGUUUCAGGACGUGGAAUCCAUGUUGAUUUUGUUUUUUUGUUUUUAAGGUGAGAACAUUUCUUAAUUUGACAUGACUUAAUUACAGUUGCUUUUGUUAAAGAUCUCCACUGACGUUAUCAAUUACUCUUUCUUCUUGGUCAUUACAUAAUCAAUAAUCUAUUACAUGAUACAUUUUCCUCCUCAAGACUAGAGGGAGUACAGCACAUAGAUUAGUUAGGAAAUUGAAUUUAAUGACUGUUGAAACCAGUCCACAGUCCACUCUGUGUAUAAGUGAAUUACACUGGCGGUUAAAGAUCCAGUGUUCAGGAUGUGCUGCUGCUGUAUCAGGCACCAAUAAAAACCCGGUUUCACACUGCA